AUGGCUCUACUGAGCCUACCGACAGAGCUCAUUCAGCGCAUCGUGCACGAGACAAUCCCCGAAGACUUCGAGCACGUUGUCUUGGCAUGUAAGCAGCUUCACGUGGCGAGCUCUGUCUUCUUGCAGCAAUACAACCUCAGGCGGAAACGAUACCGCCACUUUUCUCUCUCUAUAUUCCGCAUUGCAACUACAUCUCGAAGCGGACGUGAUCGCACAGGCGUCGUUCACUGGGACACGGUCACCGAAGCUACGGGCAUCAAAAUAAAAUCAGUGCCGGACCUCCUAUUGCAUAUUGCAGAGGAUCCCGUCAUCGCACGCUAUAUUCAAACGCUUAACAUCAAGGACGAUAACUACUAUCACGAUCCCCUUCGUAAGGACUUGGAUGAUGCGGGCGGAACGUUCUACCCACAUGUCAAAGAUAAUCCUGGACCAUUAUGCGAACUUGUACGGCAUUCGCCAUAUCUUCGUGAGGCCGGAGUCGAUCUGGAAAAGUGGAUCACGCGCAUGAUAGAUGAUGAAUGGAUGACAAAAUAUAUGGACUCCAAUGCCGCCCGCGACACUGCUCUCCUGUUGACGUUACUCCCAAAUGUUACAGAGCUUGCUCCGGACCAAGAUUGGGGUCGUAUACCAGACAGUCAUAAGGACCCGGAGCUAUGGCAAGUGUUAGAUGUCAUCGUGCGCUGGGCGAACGACAAGUCGCUGCCUUCUGCAUCGCUAUCUAGAUUGGAAGUGGUGAAGCCAUCUGUUGGCAUCGGCUACGAGCGCCGUCGCGGGCUAUCAUCUUCCGCGCCGUUUCUAGCCCUUAACUCAGUCCGCGAAUUCUACGCUGGCAGCUGCAUAUUCUACGCUGAUGGGUACACUGGCUUCCCCUUUGAUCCACGCUACGAGACCUACGGGGCCAACUUGGAGAAAAUAGAGCUGGUGGGUAGUGUUGCGAGGUUCCGCGAACUCGGAGAGCUAUUAUCGAGAGCUCCCCAGCUGAGAUGCUUCCAUUUUGCGUACGAGACAAAGUGGCAUGGGUGCGGCCAUAAUUGGAAUGUUGGUGCUUUCAUCAACGCUAUUCAGGAGAACGUGGGAGAUACUCUCGAGGAGCUAUCGAUUACUAUUCUUCAUUGCUACGGCGGCAGGGGCACGACUCUCGACGACAUGACGGGCUUCAAGAGACUGAAAGCGCUGGAGCUUGACGUAAACAUGCUGAUGGCACCGGCAUUCAACAAGUUUUCAAAGAAUGAGGAAUGGUUGGACGAGGAAGGUCCACCUGGUGACGCAGCAAUGCCGCGUCUCGUUGACAUGCUUCCAUCCUCUAUUGAGGCGGUGCGACUUUUCAAUCAGGAGUACAACGAGAAGCAAAUGGAGUGUGUGCGAGCACUGUUCAAGGGACUCCAAGAGGAGCAGAGCAUGAAACUGCCGCACUUACAACUUGUGGAACUCGUUUCCCCCGAAACCGAAACCGAGACAUCCGUGGAUGCAUUACAAACUUUGGCUGCCGUAAGGGAUGCCGGAGGGAAAGUUGUGCUGCGGACGAACGCGCGGGCUUGCCACCCACAGUUCGCAGUCACGUUUCUCGAACGCUUUGGCGUUGACGACUGGUGA